AUGGUAAAGAAGGAAUUUGAAGAUAGAUUCCAGAAGAAACUGGAAGAAAAAGUAAGUGUUAUUCAGAGCCUGCAAGAAAAGAAUGUGGGCAUGGUAAAGAAGGAAUUUGAAGAUAGAUUCAAAAAGAAACUGGAAGAAAAAGUAAGUGUUAUUCAGAGCCUGCAUGAAAAGAAUGUGGGCAUUGUAAAGAAGGAACUUGAAGAUAGAUUCCAGAAGAAACUGGAAGAAAAAGUAAGUGCUAUUCAGAGCCUGCAUGAAGAGAACGUGGGCAUGGUAAAGAAGGAACUUAAUGACAAAUUUUAUUCGUUAAACGCUGACCUUAGCAAUAAACUAUUGAUAUUAGAGUUGGAUCCAGAGGUAUCCCGCAUUUUUAUAUGGAAGAUAACAAGCUUUGAAGACAAAUUGAGGCAAGGAAAAAACAAUGAAUUGAAGUACAUUAAUAGUUUUCCGUUUUACGCGUAUGGCUACAAACUGAUGCUAAGAUUGUAUCCAAAUGGUGCUGACUUCGGAGAGACCACUCAUCUCUCCAUAAAUAUUGUUGUAAUGAAAGGUGAAUAUGACGCCGUAUUACCUUGGGGGUUCUCAAAGACGGUAACAUUUACGUUAAUAGAUCAACAAGAUGAUCCAAAUCAACGACAAAACGUUGUUAAGGGAUUUACUUCCGACCCAAACAGUAAAGCCUUUGUAAAGCCUGUAGAAGAGAAGGCCCGUAAAGGACAUGGAUUCCCAAAAUUUGUUUCUCAUAACGACCUCAGGAGAAGACGCUUUAUUGUUAACGACACCUUAUUCAUUAAAGUUCAAAUAGAUUCACCAAAAGCUAAGACGUCAUGGUUUUAA